AUGUCUGUGGUCGACCCCAUCACCAACAAAGUCAAGCUGCGAGUCUACCAAUCCGCAAUUCGCUCCAUCAUGAUGUACCGAUCGGAGACGUGGGCAGCACCAUCAACGGUUAUGGAGAGGCUUGACUGCACGGAACGAAAGCUGCUCAGGCGGCUACUUGACUACUUUUGGCCUAGGGUAUGCCACAGUGAGAAUCUUUACGCAGAAAUUGAUGUGGUAUACCGACGGAUGACACGUGGAAGACACCAACAUCUUUCACCACCAUCGAAAGUGGCUAAAGUAAAUCGUCUUCGCUUCUUUGGUCAUAUAUUAAGGAGACCAGCAGAUCGCCUUGUCCAACGAGUUCUGAAGAGUUCGUCGGGUUCGAGCUGGAAGAAGCCACCUGGCCAAAAACGGAAGUUUUGGACUGAGGAGGUAAAAGAGGACCUGAGGACACUCGGCGUGGAUAGGCAGUUCAGGCGAGACGUAAGGUUUCGCAGAAUAUGGAAUAGCGACGAAUGGAUUGAUUCUGUGCAAGCUCUCGCAGAAGAUCGAGAAGGUUGGGCAGAGCUGUGUUCAAGGACGGCGCACCUCGGCGAAGAUGCAGGUAAUCGAGUCAGGCGAUGA